GGGGCUCGGCCAAGCGCUGCACAUCGCCCGCCCUCCCUUUCCCUUCCCAUCCCGUCCUUUCCGGCGGGGCGGGCGCUCGGCGCCAUGGGGCGGCGGCGGCUGCUGGCGGCGGCGGAGCGGCUGGCGGGGGCCUGCCCGGGACAGGCGCGAUUCCUGCUGUGGAUGCUCCGCAACUCCCGAGGUAGUGAACGUGGAUUAGAAAGGGUAUGUCCUUACUGCUUCCAGUUCCUGGCUCCUGACAGCUACCGCGUGCGCCUCAAACCAAAGAUGAGAGUGACUCCACAGAUAGAGAAGGUUCUUAAACGAGAGGCAAAGAAUCAUAAACUUAACAUGAAACAGACAAAGCUUUUGAGAAAGUACAGGGAGUCAAGAAGCAUUCUGCUGGUUACUUGCAAAUCUUGCAACAAAACAACAAGAUACUAUGGUAAAAGCAGGGAUUUUCUGGCAGCCAAUACAAAAAAUUGUGGCACUCCAGGUAUCAAAUCUAGCCUGAAGACGCCAGAUGUCAAAAUUCAGUCUGCAAAGAAAAUGACACCUGUAAGCUGCAGUAGGUUGGGAUCUAAAGGGAACAGUCCCUCAUCACUUUCCAGGACACGUGAAUCUGGACAGGCAACAAUCAACUCUGCUUCCAAGACUCCCCGAAAGUCCAAAUUUCACUUUUCUAAGCUGAAACGGAUGCUUGACCUAGAAGAAAAAGAGAAAAGCCAGAAGGCAGAUUUCAAAACCUUCUUGACUUUACUUUAGUUAUAUAUUAUUUCAAAGUAAUAAAGAUUACAGCAAUAAAUAUUGCUUCAGUUUUAGUAAAUCAACAAAGUGAUUUCUGUAAAACUCAAGCUAACAUCUUGUACCUUGUGGAAGCAUAGACCACAUUUUUUCGAAGGAAGGUCUGUUUCUAGGGGGAGUAAUGGUCUGCCAGAUGGAGAUGAGAAGAUAGCCAGUUUAACAGGCUUGGGAAUCUUGAACAUGUUUUCCAGUUUCUGAUGCCCCAAGAAUGAAAAGCCAAGAUUUAUCCUUUGAAGAAGCUGAUGAUGUCCCCACCAGGACAAUUUAAUUGUCCAGAUUAAAGAUUUUCAAUGUAUGUUUAGCACAGAGAUGAAAGGGGAAAGUAUAAAGUCACUGUUCAGGACUGAGGUUAUAGCCUGUCCUGCAUACAGUCUGCAGUGAUAGUUCUGCACAUGGUACUUCACAUUUUCCCCCUGAAAAAUAGAGCCAAUUAGUUAAAAGCAUUUACUUUCUUGGAUUUAAAGGUCUGUAUUUUCCUUUUCUUUUGAUAGUUUGAUGAAUAGUUUACUUCAAGUGCCUUCAGACUCAGUGAACACUGCUUAAGACACAGGACCAGCAAAUAACUUGGUGGACUGGGAAGCAGUCCAGGGCAGGGGAGAAUAGUUUUUUGUAAACUGUACUUAAGAGUCUCAGAGAUUGGCAUGUAACCUUUUUAUAACUCCUGUACACUUGCACAAUAACUGGAGCAUGCACUGCUCAUUGUCUGUUACGUACAUCUAGGAUAAAAUGAACUGCCAUUCUUCAAUCAAAAUACAAACCUUGGAGUGUUGCCUUUUCCAGUGUAGAACUUGCCAUUAAUUGACCUGUUGCUGUACUUACAGUCCAGUCCUCUGGAAAAAUACUUCACUUUGUUGAUGGAAAAUGUUCAUUGCACAGAAGUAUUUGGAAAUAUAAAUUUUGCAAUAAAUUUUCGUAUUAAAAGUACA